CGCGUGAGAAAUUUUGUAAUUUAGCCAAACAAAAAAGUUUAAAAUUGAGGGGUCUCUUACAAAAGUUUCUAUAGGUGAGGGUUUUCCACGCAUUUUUCGCAUCCUUACAAUAAUAACGGCCGCGUUUUGUUUUAACUCGGCCAACCCCCUCUUCUCCACUCGUGCGGUAGCAAAUGCGUAACCAACUCCCAUGCACACAACCUGUUUGUUAAAUUGCCCCACUCACAAAACACUCUUUAUUUUGAAUCUUUAAAUAAGGCUCCGAUGAAUCACAUACUCUCUACAUUCAACUUUAGUAAUCCUCCUCUGCACAAGAAUCACAACGAAAUCCGACGAGGAAAUGGUAGAUUCGGCUCGAAUCGAGCCGACCGGAUUGCCGUCUCUGCUCGUUUCCGAUCGAAACCAAAACUAUCUCAAGCUCUCCACAAUCAGCAAACCAAAACCAAAGCUCCCUUAAAUUUAGAGGGUAGUGGUUCACAAGUGUUUGAUGAGGAGGGGAGUGACAAGUUUGAAUUGUCGAAAGAAGAGGAGGAUGAUGAUGAUGAAAGUGGUGGUUGUAGUGAUGAUUCUGGGUGGACCCAAGAAGAGCUCGAUGCGAUAUCUGCGCUUUUCGAUCGGCCGAUUCCUCGGAAACCCGUCAAGCCGUCGAAGGAACGGCCCCUCCCUCUCCCGUCGCCGUACAAGACACGGCCGGACGGUAUUCCGACGCCGAAGCGCCACAUUCGGUCGAAUGCUGCAAGAUCGGAUGUUUCGUCUCGGCUAUCUUUCAGCGAUCGAGUGCGCAAGAACCCGCAAGUCCUUGUUAAGAUAGCUAGAGAGAUUGCAGCUCUUCCUUCGCCGGAGUCGGAUGUUUCUGCAAUUCUCGAUCGAUAUGCUCCGUUCCUUCGGAAGGGUUCUUUGUCGAUGACGAUUCGAGAGCUGGGGCACAUGGGCUUGCCGGAACGGGCGCUCCAAACCUUGCUUUGGGCUCAGAAGCAGCAGCAGCAGAAGAACGGGCUCUUCCCCGACGAUCAGAUUCUCGCGUCCACCGUCCAAGUAUUGGCACGGUUCGGCAGACUAAAGCUCGGAUCAGAAAUCAAGAACUAUCUCAGCUCCGCGAGCCGCUCGGUGCUCGAAGCAAUGGCGAGGGGAUUCAUCAGAGCAGGGAACUUAAACCUCGCCCGGAAGAUCCUACUACUCGCUAAGGACGGUAGAAGGACAUUGGAUUCGAGCAUCCACGCGAAGCUUAUAUUGGAGGCGGGAAAGACCCCCGACGGUUACAAGCUUGCUUCGGCGUUGCUCGACGAGCUCGGAGAGAGAGAGGAGUUUGAUUUGAAGCCGCAGGAUUGCACAGCCGUAAUGAAAGUCUGCGUCAGGCUUAGAAGAUUCGAAGCCGUGGAGAGCUUGUUCGAUUGGUUUAAGGAAUCGGGUCGACGCCCGUCUGUGGUCAUGUACACGACGGUGAUGCAUAGUCGGUACUGCGAUAGGAAGUAUAGGGAGGGGCUGGCUUUGAUUUGGGAGAUGGAGGGGUCGAACUGUCUUUUGGAUCUUCCGGCGUAUCGAGUUGUGAUAAAACUCUGCGUUGCUUCUAAUGAUCUUGCGAGGGCCGUAAGAUACUUUUCGAGAUUGAAGGAGGCGGGGUUCGUCCCAACUAAUGAUAUAUAUUGUGACAUGAUCAAAGUUUAUGCAGCUUUCGGGAGGGUGGCAAAGUGUAAGCAGCUGUGCAGAGAAGCGGAGUCGGUCGGCCUUAAAUUGGAUGGUGAGACGGUAUCUUUGCUUGGAGAAACGGAAAAUGUUCGGUGAGUAGUUUUGAGAGUUUGCAUUUUCUUCGUUAGUUAUAUGUCAUCUAUGCUCUGAUCUCGCAAGAUGCUUGUUUAUUGCAAUUGUUAUGAAAUACGUGAAUAUUUAUUAACUAAUGCUAGCUAUUUGCUCUAUUUCUUGUUGAA